CCUCGCCUGUUCAAUUCGGAAGGAGUCGUCGAAGACAGGAGGCGAAGUGCAAGACAGGCCACUGAACCAGAGCAUCACCUGUCGUUGCCGUCCUUUCUUCAGGUUGUUCUUGGCAUGGAGGAGAAAGAGGAGGUGGAGAAGAAGGUCAAGAAGAGGAAGAAGAAGGAGAAGAGAGAACGUCUAGAUGAGGCAGGAUUUCCAUCCGGAGCCGAAGAAGCGUCUAUGAAGGAAGAGACAGAGGGGAAAAUAAGGAAGAGGAAAAAGAAGGAGAAGAAAGGAAGUCUAGAUGAGGCAGAGUCUCUGUCUGGGGAUGAAGACACGUCUCGGAAGAGGGGGAGAUUGGGUCGGCCGGAAGUAGAUGAAGUUGGUGUCAGUGUGCCCCUUCUCACUGGUUCUUCCUCUGCCGCGAAAAGCUCGGAGCCUUUUCGUCCUUCGUCCUGGAAAAGGCUCGAUUUGGUACUUUCGCUGAGAAGCAGAGACCUUCCUCUUCAGAGGAAGAUCGAAAUUGCGCUUGAGUUCGUCAAAUUCAGCGAAAACGAGGGGAGUUUGGGUUCAGAGUCUCAGAGUGCGUGGAGAAGACAAUGUAUUGGUGCGCCGCGAGUGGUUGCGUUUCUCUCUGAUUGGGUACAGUCGAUCAUGUUGCCUUCGAACGAGAAGAAGUCGAUUACCGGAGUGUCUGAUUCAAAUGGCACGGUUUCUGAAACGGGGGCAGCAAAAAGAGAUGGCGGAUUUAACGAAUCAUCGUUGGAUUCCCGGUGCUGGUUUCUGUUACUGCAUUGCUUGAAAUCCGAACAUCUACAAAGUUUGAAUUUGUCGCCUAAUGUGAUGAGGUCUGCGGCUGGAACUUUCAAGGAAGCUGCAGCAUCGUGGGAGUCAUUGCAUGAAGAAAGUAAGAGGUCUAACCUGCGGGAAUUGUUGGUUUUGGUGUCAGAGUGCUUGUCCUUGAUACUGGGCUUACAUGGUAGAGCCUACAAUUUCAAUUUGGAAGUCUGGGUUUCUACUUCGGUUUCUGCUGUGGAGCUUAUCCAUAAGGUGCUCCUGGCUACUGCAGUGAGUGGUGAGGAUGGUGAUGCUUGUCUCAAUGUUGCGUCGUUGGUCCUGGAAGCGUUUGCCAAUUACUUGGCUGUUCACCCGAACCCUAAGAAUGCAUUCACCAUUUUCUCAGAGAAAAUUCUCGAACCUUUAUUAUUGCUGCUUCCUGUUGUGAUGAAGUUUGUUAAGGGUAAAGGUUCCCAGAAAGAUGGCAUAGAUGGUCGAUGGACUGACCGGAUGUUGAAGAUAGCUGUAGAAAUUUUGUCAAAUGGUUUGUUUCAUUCUGCUCACAUUGAUGGCUUCUUGAACCUUCGUUCUCAAGCACAUUCAACGGAGGACAAGAAAGAUGAGUUAACUCCGAAGAAGAGAAAACCAACUACGGAAACAUAUAGUAUGAUGAAAAGCUACCAUAAGCACUUCUUCGGUAAAUUAGAACGGCUUAGGCUCGAUUCGAGAAAUUCUGCAUUUGUUGGCGUUGGACUAGUGCUAAACGUGUUUGUUAGCAAAGUAACCAAACUGGAGGGGACCCUAAAGAAAUCCAAGAGCGCCAAGGUUGUCAUGCAAGAUCGCUCUCGCGAUUCAGGAUCCAAAGAGGAUCAUGUCGAAUCCCAUGUGACCGAUGACCGCAAAAAGGAUGGCGACUUUGCCGGUCAAAAAGGAGAAGUGACAGAACAAUCUGCUAAAUUGACUAGGGCGGAUGAGUCUGUACGCAAGUCUCUCUUCGACAUGUUUGCGGAGCUUAUGAAACCUCUGCUACUUUCUGCUGAAAAAUGUUUUGAAACAUUGAGUCAUGAAGGGAGUGAGGAUAUUGAGUCUGUAUUUUCAAAUGCUUGCUAUGCUCUUGAGUCCAUCAAUAAUUUACUUGAGACCCUUUUGAAGGGUAAAAUUUAUUUGCGAGCUGAGGACACUACUGAGGAAACCCACUUCAACUUUUUAAAGAAGAUAAGCAAUACCGUUCUUAUGCUUGCCUCCAGACUGCUCCAGUUGUGGUCAAUUGCUUUCAGAAGUUCCAGUCCUGCUGUUGCUGAGCAUAUUUUAUCGUCCAGAAGCAGUAGAGGAAUGGAUAUUAUGAACAGUUCCAGUAGAAUUGCCCCACUGGCUAAGCAAGUUUUUGUUGCACUUCAGUUUUUCCUGGAUAUAGAGUACAGAGUUUUCCAGGAUGAAAUGAUAGAUUUGUGGCUUCUGUUGCUAUCAUACUUGGCAUUUAGUUUAUCCCUGGAGGUGGAAGAGUUCCAACAAAUUAUGGUUUUAGCGGUACUGCAACUUGGUCACCAUUUAAUUAAUGUCUACAGUGAGCUACGUCAGGUUCUUAAACCAAUUUUAGCUUUGUGUAAAUCAGUGAGGACCAAUGAUAUGGUUGAUGGUCGCUUUUUAGUUGAUACUAGUUUUGGUUUUCCAUAUUACUUGACUUCAGGAGCAUUUACAAAGGCAGUGAUAACCUUGCUAUGUUCAUGGGAGUUAAAGAUUGCAAUUUCUGAUGCCAUUAAGUCUAUACCAGAAGGUCAAGCAAGUACACUGAUUCUGGAUAUGAAAAUGGAUAUUGAAGAAACACUUGGUUGGAUAAGAUCUGGUUCUGCUGGUGUUGAUAUCAAAGGAAAUUGUGAAAUAAAUGUUCCAUGUGCCUACAACAAAUUGAACACGCGGGCUGAAUUGUCUGGCAGGGGUCUGAGUGAACUAUAUGCAAAUAUUCUGGAUUCCCUGCCUGUCACUGCAGGCAGUUGCAUCUCUGUUGGUAAGUCUUUAAAGGAUCUUAUGAAGACGAUACAACAUCCUCUGAGCAUCAUGGUCGCUGUGCAAUCUGAUAGCUUAAAGCAUUUUUUUCUAGCUGUGACUGGAAUUCAGUUAUCACAGUCAUCUGCAACUUCUUUUAAAAGUUCUGUCUCCUGGAUCAUCCUUUUCUUUAUCCGCUUGUAUGCGUCAUGCAGGAGUUUAUACAGGCAGUCAUUUUGCCUAAUGCCACCAGAUAUGGCAAGAAAGGCAUCAGCAGCAAUGGGUGAUCUAUUUACAGCAUUUUCAGGGAAAGAGUUGACAGAACGGGCAGAAUGGAUGGAUGCUGGAUAUUUUUCGUGGAUAAUAAGACCUUCUAUUUGUCUAUUGGAUUUCAUUCAAUCUAUAUCAAGUUUCUUCUUGGAAGAGGAUUGCUCAUCUUUGGUUUAUGUGUUGCAUGCGGUAUGCUUAGAAAGGCUUAAUGAUUUAAAUAGACAGAUAAGUGCUUUGAAAUUCUUGGAAGAACAACAUGCAAGGCUGGAGGAUGUAAAAUCUCCACAUAUUGGUCAUUCUGAACCACACAAAGUAAGAAAAAUGCGGGCAAAACUUAAUAGACUCUCCAAGGAUGAAGCAUCAGGGUUGACCACGUUCAUUAUGGGCUACAUUUAUCCAUGCAUGGAGAAUAGUCUGACAGUCAAAAAUACUUUGCAGAGUGAAGUUGGAGGCUUGCUGGUGUCACUUGAACAGGAAUCAUGGGGCUUUAAUGUUGGUUCCUUAAACCAUCAGCUAUUGCCGAUUGCCCUUUGGUGGCUUGUCUGCCAGAAUUUGGAUAUAUGGUGUAUCCAUGCGUCAAAGAGACAGUUGAAGAAGUUCUUGAGUCUUCUGUUGAGAUUAUCUUUGCCGUGUGUAUUUCAAUACUUCAACAAUUUUGGGAUGAGUAUUAGGGAGACACCUUCUGGCCUAAACAAAAUCACCCUACAUUGCAUCUCAUUGGAGCUUCUGAACGACACUGUUUUAUAUGAGCAACCAUUUUUGUGCAGAUACUUGGUGUCUAGUUUUUGCAAUAUUUUGAAGAGUACUUUACCAUCAGUUUUUUCCUCAUCAAGUAUAAAUUUCAAAUCCUUGCCUGAAUGGUCAGAGCUUAUACCCGUGGUUGAGACGACCCAAGUUAGCCUCAAGUUUGAUGAUCAUCAGAAUGUGGUUUGUGAAGAUAAGGAGUUUACUUUUUGUUGUAGUCUGCUUAAUUUCUCAUGUUGGAUGCCAAAAGUUUGCUUGGGUUCUAAAAACUUGAGAACGCUUGCAGCCUAUAUUCUUAAUAUUGAGAGGCUGGUUUUUGCUUCAAUAUUGGAAUGUCAAGGUGAUUUGUGUCAGUUCCUGGAACUCUUUGUAUGCUGUCGGAGGGCGCUCAGAUAUCUAGCAGUGUGUUCAAGAAAUGAGGAUCUCCAAGAUGUUGGUUUCUCAUUUCUUCACAAGAUUUUUGGGAAUUCUGCUGCCCUUUUGUGGCUUUUGAAUUCUGUUUCUGAGAUAGCAAGGGUUUCAUAUAUGCUUUCAAGAAAGGAGCGUGUUCCACAAGCAAUAGAGUUUUUAUCACCAUUGGUUCAGGAGACAUCAAAUAUAGUUUUUUCAUUAACUGAAGUACUUUCUAAGGGAGCAGUGCAGUCCCUGAUUUGUCAGGGUGAAAAAUCUGUCUUUGAUGUUCAUGCUGAAAGAUUAAACACAUUAGAAUCUGAUCCCCCUUCCUUCUCUAGGCACUUAAAUUCUUGGAAGUGGUUGAAACUGUUGGCUGAGGACUUGACGGAACAAGCAAGAGCUGUACAUUGCACCUUGAAGGAAAUCAAAAUUCAAUUUCCAAUAACACAUGUGGAUCCAUUUACAUUUCAUUGGACAAAGUUGUCUUCUCUGCUAUCUGGUUUCCUUGGUUUUUUAUGGGGCCUUAUAUCAAGUUUAGAGAGCAUUGAUGAAAUGUGCCGCACGGACAAAUCACAUUCAUUGAGAUGGAGGCAUGGUAACUUGUCGGAAUUGAAGCAAUCUAUCGAUGAAUUUGAGAAUUUUGUGAACUUCUGCUUGGCCAUAUUCCUUAAAGAUGAUAUUUCCAGUCAUAAAGGGUCACUGCUGGAGUCAUCUAAUGGUUCUGAUGUAGAAAUUGGUUUUUCUUGUCUAUCUUCUUUGAAUCGUUCACUCUUGCGGGGCUUAUUGAAAGAUGGAAAUAUCAUUCUGGCUUGUCUAGUUGGUCAGCUUUUUACCUCAAGUGCUGCUAUCCUGAAAAUAAAGAAUCUAUUAUCUUCUCCAAUGGUUUUAGACCAAGAGGAAAAAUGUGGCCAGGUAAGAUCAACAUCAACGAGCCUUCUUAUUGGUGCAUCACUUUUCCUAUUAUCGGAAUUAGCUGAAGUAGAUGUUCAGCAGCAUCCUUCUUUGAUUUGGUUGAAUGGACUCUUGAAGUAUCUGGAAGUUUUGGGCAGCUAUUUUCCUUUCAUAGAAAUUGUCUCCUCACGUGAUGCAUAUACUAAACUUAUAGAUAUGCAUGUUAAGGUGCUUGCCAGAUGCAUUGCACUGCAAGGUGGAAUUUCACACCUAGGGAACUCAGAGGCAGGUGCAUUGCUUGAAAAGGGCCAGUUACAAGCUUCUCCUUGUAGCCAAGGCCACAACUUGACUGAAUUUAAAGACCGACUUAGGUUGUCAUUCUUAAUGUAUGUGAAGAAGCCAUUGGAGUCUCAUCUCUUUGCCGUUAUUCAAGUUCUUGAGAGGGCUCUUGUGGGGUUCAAGGAUAGCUGCCCUACAAGGUAUGAUAUAGAGACUGGAAGUUUAGGUGGCGGUAGUGUUGCACCAAUUGUUGCUGCUGGACUUGAAUGCAUGGACAUGGUUCUUGAAUCGGUGUCAAGUCGCAAGCGUGCAAAUAUUCUUGGAAGACAUAUGCCAAAUUUAGUUAGUGCAAUAUUUAACAUUGUCAUGCACCUGCAAAGUCCCCUUAUUUUCUUCAGAAGGACUGGGCCAUAUGAAGGUUGUGCUGAUCCUGGACUAGUCGUUCUCAAUUGCAUCGUAUUACUUACAAGGCUUUCGGGAUGGCAUUCUCAUUUUACAAUGGAUGCUUGCCAUGUUGUGCUAGCCUUACAUUUACCCAAAAUAAUCUUCCAUGGAUUCUGCCUGAUAAAGCUGUCUCAAACUGCACGCAGUUCUUUGUUGUUCUCUACCUUCCAAGAAGUUGCUUCUGUGAGUUUUGAUUCUUCCAGCAAGCAUGUCUCUAUCAUGGAGAAGGUUUUGUCAGUUGAUCUGUAUAUUGCAUGCUGCCGAUUACUUUGUGCAGUUGUAAAACACAGGAAAAGGGUGGUGGAACGCUGCAUCGGUAUGCUUGGUGAUUCAAUAAAAGUACUCUUGAUGUGUUUGGAAAGUUGGGAUUCUGGAUUAUUAAACAAAGAGGAUAUACCUUUAUGGGAUAUUCAAGAUGCUGUAAAAUGUGCAAGUUUUCUCAGGAGGAUAUAUGAAGAGAUGAGGCAGCAGAAAGACAUACUUAGCCGAUAUGCUUGUCACUUCCUUUCAAACUAUAUUUGGGUUUAUUCUGGAUGCAGUGAGCAAGGCACAGGCUUCAGAAGAGAAGUUGAUGAAGCUCUAAGGCCUGGUGUGUAUGCAUUAGUGGAUAUAUGUUCGCCAUCUGAAUUGCAACAACUUCAUGUCGGAUUGGGAGAAGGUCCAUGCAGAAACACAUUGUCUGUAUUGAAACAUGAUUAUGAAGUAAACUUUAAGUACACGGGUAAGGUCUAGCAUGUUGAAGAUGAUGAUCUGAGGUCCCCUCUUCCAUGCGAUUCCUGCCAAACGCAGUCAAGCAGCCGGCCACUAAAAAAGUAGCUGAUGAUUGGUUGAGGUGGGGUAACCCCAGAUAUGGAGGCUGGCUUUGGUCAAGAAAGAGGAGAAAGCAAAUGGCAGGUUAAGGUAGGGUAGCCCUGCAGCUGGAGUCGGGUUCCGUGCAAGGGAGGAGAAAAGAAGCUGCUUUUUGGAGCUUGUGAUUGUCGCAGGUUGAUAUCCCCUUCGCUCAAGCUUUACCAUUGCCAAGAGCACUCCUGGGCGUAAGAUAAGAUUACUAUGUAAAUGUUACGUACGGUGAAAUAUUUUUAUUCCUCUGUGCACAAGGGAAAUGUUCAUUGUUUGACACUUACUAGAUAAUGUAACAUGUAACAUAAUUUGGUGCAAUUCACCAAUAAUAUUAGGAACUGUAGGAAA